AUGAAGCAAAUAAAAGGUCUCCUAGCCAUGGUGCUAGGUGUCAUUGAGCGUGUUAUCCAGUACAUAAUUGGUGUCGAUGACAAAAUGCUGUAUUCAUUGGACCAUGCCAUUCUUAGCAUGGAAGUCCCCCCUAGAAGCAUGUGGAUGAACAUGGGAUAUUGGAAGAAUACGAGCUCUUUUACUAAAGCUUGCGAAGCACUCUUAGAACAAGUCCUCAUCGCUGCAAAGCUUCUCAAUGAAGAUGGCACACCCAUCAAAGCAUAUCACCAAAACAUUGGGUUGGUUGAUGUUGGGAUUGGCUGCGGCGACCAGUCCUUAUACCUGACAAGAAGACUCUCUAGCGUCAGUACUGACUCCGUCACUACUACCUCUUCCAAUGGGAUCAAGACAGCUGUCGAUAACGGUAGCGGUGUCCAUAGCAGCGAGAUGAGGAAGAGACGAGGGUCGAGCAAUCACGAAAGCCGACCGCUGUUCGACUCAUACGUGGGCGUGACUAUUGAGCAAUCUCAAGCAGAUUUUGCUCAAGAAAGACUCUCAAAGAACACCACAGGGGGUUCCGAAAUUUCUGCAACUUGGACACCAGAUGUGAAAAUUUUUGCCGCCGACGCAGCGGAUCCUUCGUCUUGGGGGAAUGAGCUUCAGCAAGCUGCUCUGGGCAACUCUGGUCAUGCUGAGAGCAAGAAUGAAGCCACUAGCACGGAUAUAGGGAGCGAGAAGACACAAAGGUGGCUGCUAGCCCUAGAUACGAUGUAUCACUACAAGCCGUCUCGAGACCCGUUGCUUAAAUAUGCAUGUCGAGAUAUGCGGGCUUCAAUCAUGGCAUUCGACCUUCUGAUCUCGGAAUCUGCGUCGUUAUGGGAAAAGCUAGUUUUACGACUGAUGUGUCUUAUAUCCGGUAUGCCCUAUUCGAACUUCCUUACGGAGGAGGAAUACAUGAGUAUGCUGGUCCAGGCUGGGUAUGAGCAUGAUAUGAUUGAGACGAGGGAUAUCUCAGAACACGUCUUCGCAGGCAUUGCAAACUACAUACGAAAACAAGACGCGGAGCUCAAGCGAUAUGGGAUGACCGUGGGCAAGUUCAAGGGAGCCGCGAAGGCAUUUAAUUGGUGGGCAAAGACUGGGGUAUUACGAGGGUUUGUGGUGGUAGCUCGCAAUCAAGGGUAG